GAAACAAAGUGCACAAUAAAUGUAAUGCGCUUGAAUCAUCCCUAAACCAUCUACCCUUCCCCUCUCCACCACCCGUGGAAAAAUUGUCUUCCAGGAAGCCCAUCCCUGGUGCCAAAAAGGUUGGGGGCCACUUUUUAGGCAAAUAUGAGAGGGUUGAGGAUUUAAUCCUGACUCACUUCAAUGCCUCUGACUUGGUCAGCCAUUGCAGGGUGAUCCUAAUGGGAAGCAGAAAAAGAAGGAUGUGGAUGGAAGGUCUUCCAGUAUGGAAUGGUUCUAGAGGGUGCUUAUUUGUGAUUUUGGCACUGUUAGACUCUCAGAACAGGGCUUGGCAAACUUUCUGUAAAGGACCAUAUAAUAAAUAUUUUGGUCUUAUGAGCCAGACAGUCUCUGUUACAACUGCUCAGCUCUGCCAGUGUUGUUCAAGACCGAAUGACCAUGGCUGUGUACCAGUAAAACUUUAUCGAUGACAACAGACAUCUAGCCUGAGGACUGUAUUGUGCUGAUGCCUGCUCUGAGUCCUCACUAGUUUUGGAAUGUGUUCUGAAAUGCUCUAGAGUAGGAGAAUCGAACUUGUACCUAAGUCUGGAGGUGCUUGAUUCAUAUUCACAGGGAGUUCUGUGCUUUCUAUGUGUACAGAACAUAUGUAUAUGGCUGUUGUAUACCAAAAGAAUAGGUACAUGACUAAAUGGGAGAAAAAAGGGCAGUUGGGCAGUAUUGAUGAGUUUUACCACGAGGAAUAUUAGUGAUGAAAUGAGGCAUCUGCAUUUAAAGAAAACCAUCCCAGAAAGAGAGUCUGGAAAAAUAAGACAGGUCUAGGUUCAUUUACAUUCAGAGAACUUUCAUUGAGUGAGCUCUUUUGUGUACCAGGGGUACCAAUGAUCCAAGAUGAACAAGAGUCCUGGUCUAUUCAGAAUCGUAGUCUUGGGAGACACCAAAGCAGCACGAUGGUGAACAAUAUUCCAGUGUUGAUGAGGCUGUCUUGAGAAGGUGUUUCUUUAUAGGAGCAGACCUAGGAAGAGCCAAGCCAAAUGCCAACCAGGAAGUCUUACCAAAGGACACACACUGUAGGCUUAAAAGAGUAAAUAUUUUGCCAAGCAGAAAAUGGAAACAUGUUAAGUCGCAAAGGCAAAAGGACUGGGAAGUAUAGCGUGCACAUUCCAGAAACUGCAGUUCUUUCCUGGGAGGAGGAUGUACACACAGGUAAAAUGGAUGAGGACUGCAAAACACUAGUCUGCAAACUUGUUUUCUUUUACUUUUUAUUUAAAAUAGUGAUAGAUUCACAGGAAGUUGCAAAAAGUGUACAGGGAUAUCCCGUGCGUCCUUCAUGCCACCUCCCCUAGCGGCAACAUUUUACAACACUAAGAUACGAUAAAGAGCCAGGACGUUGACAGUGAGCUGACGCAGAUUUCACCAUUUUACAUGCACUCACUUUGCGUGGACGUUUGCUGGGUCAUAUGGUAAGUGUAUGUUUAGCUUGCUAAGAAACUGCCACGCUGUUUUCCACAGUGGCUGUACCAUUUACUUUCCCACCAGCUAUGUUUGAGUGAUCAGUUUCUUCACAUUCUCAUCAGCACUUGAUGUUAUCACCGUCAUGUGUUACUUAACACAUGAUUUAACAACAGGGAUACAUUCUGAAACAUGCAUUGUUAGGUGAUUUCAUCAUUGUGAGAGCAUCAUAGGGUUCAUCUACGCAAACCUGGAUGGUAUAGCCUACCACGCACUUAGGCUAUAUGGUACAGCCUGUUGUUCGUAGGCUGCAAACCUAUACAGCAUGCUACUGUACUGAAUACUGUAGGCAGUUGUAACACAGUGGUAUCUGUGUAUCUAAACAUAUCUAGAUAUAGAAAAGGUACAAUAAAAAUGCAGCAUUGUAAUCUUAUGGGACCACUGUUGUAUAUGGGUUCCAUCGUCGACCAAACGUCAUUUUGCAGCGCAUGACUAUUUUAUUCGUGAACGUUAAGAUUUUUUCAUUUAACUUAGUAGUCAUUUUUAAAGCGCUUAUGCCUAAAAAGGCUUAUGUUUGGAAAAGCUGGAAUAGAAGGAGGAGAAAUAUGGGACCUGGGCCGAGCGCAGUGGCUCACACCUGUAAUCCCAGCACUUUGGGAGGCCGAGGCAGGUGGAUCACAAGGUCAGAAGUUUGAGACCAGCCUGGCCAAAAUGGUGAACCCCCGUCUCUACUAAAAAUAGAAAAAUUAGCUGGGUGUGGUGGCAGGUGCGUAAUCUCAGCUACUCGAGAAGCUGAGGCAGGAGAACCACUUGAACCUAGGAGGCAGAGGUUGCAGUGAGCUGAGAUCGUGCCACUACACUCCAGCCUGGGCGACAGAGUGAGACUCUGUCUCAAAAAAAAAGAAAAAGAAAAAGAAAUAUCGGACCUGAAUAAGGGAAAGAAAUGGGGGAUACAUAGAAACCAGUGGAACCUGAAACCUAACUGCUAGGAGGCUUCUGGGUAUUUUCUGAUUUUAUUUUCUCCAGUGUUGAUAUUUUAUCAUGUUGCUAUGGUUAGCCUCUUAAGUUUGUUCACUUGUUCCCUGAAGAAAUACAGGUAUUUGUGCUAGUGAGAGACUGGCAGCAGGACUCUUAUUUACUGCCAUAUUUUGAGUCAACUUUCUGCAGAUUUGAUAAGAGCAGCUCAAGAGUUUAGCAGCAUUCAGAGGAAAAAUAAAAACGAAGAGCAGACUUAUAGACGUACCUUUGCUUCUGCCUACAUUUAUCGGGCUCUUACUGUGCUUCAGUCAUCAUAUUGGGACAGAUGAAGGAGAUGACCCAGACACCCAGUCCUUAAGGUCUCCAGAAAAGAUAGAUGCUCAAAAAGUUAAGAUGUGUUUAUGCAAAGGGGACUGGACUCAGAAACCAAGAAACAACUAGAAGAAGAAGAAAAGAAAAUCAUUAGUGAAGAGCACUGGUACUUGGAUUUGCCAGAGCUUAAAGAGAAAGAGAGUUUCAUAAUAGAAGAGCAGAGUUUCUUACUAUGUGAAGAUCUUCUCUAUGGAAGAAUGUCAUUCAGAGGAUUUAAUCCUGAGGUUGAGAAAUUGAUGCUUCAGAUGAAUGCUAAGCACAAAGCAGAAGAAGUUGAAGAUGAAACAGUAGAGCUUGAUGUGUCAGAUGAAGAGAUGGCUAGAAGAUAUGAGACCUUGGUGGGGACAAUUGGGAAAAAGUUUGCCAGAAAGAGAGACCAUGCCAAUUAUGAAGAAGAUGAAAAUGGAGACAUAACACCGAUUAAAGCAAAGAAGAUGUUCUUAAAGCCCCAGGAUUAAGAUGGAUGCCUUAAGCGAUGGCCCAGGGAUGCUUGGUGCAAGUCAGCAGCGCAUCUGGAGCUCAUCCCAAUGGUGUCUCUAUAGUUAUUAAUACUGUAACGUUUACUUGUAAAGAGAUUAUCAUUUUAGAAACAUGCUGUUUUUGAAACAGAUGUGUGAUGGAUGUUGUACAUCCUUUGCUUCUUGGUAUUCGUUCAGAGUGGAUUUUUAGCCCCUGAUCUACAAAUGUACGUUGUUACAGGGCUGCUUCCUAAAGAUUUUUUUUUACCUCAGGUUUCUCUUAAUAUAGUUCUCCAGUCACUGACCUUGAAUUGACUCAUAUAAAUUACUGCCAAUGUUUAAAUUGCCCUUGUGUUUAUAUUUAUUAUGUCAAGCCAAUUCGUACGUACAAUUUGGAAUCAAAUGUCAUAAGAAUUUAUUAUAUAAAUUUAUCAAGAAUAAAAAUGCCUCUCCAGCCUUAAGUAUUUACAUGCUCCCAGGUCAUUGUCAGUUUAUGGUAUUAUGUUGUUUUAUUUAAAGCAUUGAAUUAAUAGAAAAAAUUGCUCUGUAAUAAAAAUCUACUUUCACAUA